CCUGUGUCUGACACAAGUCACAAUUCUCAAAUGAAUCAUUUAUUACCAGCUACCUUCUUAGUAGGAGCAGCAGAACCAGAUUUUUAAACUUCAACUCUCAACUCUCUCUCUCUCUUUCUCUCUCUCUCUCUCUAAGUACACCCACAUAAUUCGUAAUUGUAUUUAUACUGCAAUUAAGAGAUUAACAUAUAGAUGGCAGGUGGGUACAGAGCUGAAGAUGACUACGAUUACCUGUUCAAGUUGGUCCUAAUUGGGGAUUCUGGUGUCGGCAAAUCUAAUCUGCUUUCUCGAUUCUCGCGAAACGAGUUCAAUCUUGAAUCUAAGUCUACUAUCGGCGUUGAAUUUGCUACCCGUAGCAUUCGGGUCGAUGAUAAGAUCGUUAAGGCCCAGAUUUGGGACACUGCUGGUCAAGAAAGGUACCGUGCAAUUACAAGUGCGUACUACAGAGGGGCUGUUGGUGCAUUAGUAGUGUACGAUAUCACUCGACAUGUCACAUUUGAAAAUGUGGAGAGAUGGUUAAAAGAGCUACGAGACCAUACCGACCAAAAUAUUGUCAUAAUGCUUGUUGGGAACAAGGCUGACUUACGUCAUUUGCGUGCUGUCUCGACAGAGGAUGCCAAGGCGUUUGCUGAAAGAGAGAGUACCUUCUUUAUGGAGACUUCAGCACUCGAGUCCUUAAAUGUUGAGAAUGCCUUUACUGAAGUAUUGACCGAGAUAUAUAAGGUGGUCUGUCGUAAAGCGCUGGAAGUUGGGGAUGAUCCUGCUGCCUUGCCAAAGGGGCAAACUAUUAAUGUUGGCAAGGAUGAUGUUUCAGCUGUGAAAAAAGUUGGUUGCUGCCCCGUCUAAGCAAAAGAUUAAGAAAUCAGUGAGUAUUGACUGCGAUACUCUGCCUAUACUUCCGAAUGCUUAUGCAAGCAGCAAAUGCUCCUCCUUGGUUGCAUUCAGUUUUGAAUCUCUUAGGAAAUAUAGCAUUAUGCUCAACCUCAUCUGCAGGAUGAUGGCUUUACUUACUUUAUUCGACAUCUUGAAUUGUUGUAUUAACUUACCUUUAGUUUGUACACUACUUUGUUACGGUCUUUGAUUUUUGCAUCUCUCAUCAUUUUCAUACAAUUCAUGGCAAAUGUUACAAAGAGAUUUUCUACAUGCUUAUGUAUGACAUGUCGAAGGACACCUAAAACCCUUUGCAGAGA